GAAGGAGAGGGAGCUGUACCAGGGAAAACUGGCAAAGACAAAGGACCGAACAGUGUUCAGGAAAACGGGAGAGCGUAGACUCAGUUUUAAGACCGGUUUAUGAUAGUCCAGCUGUGGCACCAGCGGCAGGAAGCGGCCAGGUUCUUCCAGGCGCCCGUCACUGCUCAGCAUCAAACCCCCCCGCUGUGUGUGCUCCAGUGGAAGGGACGCUUCGUGGUCAGCAGCCUGGUGAUGGGAAGAACCGCAAAGCUGUAGGCUCGGUGGCUGGAUGGAAGGAGCUGUCAACGCACCCACGGACGAUGGAGGAAGUGGAAGUGCACAGACAGCAGCGGCACUUUGAUUGACGACACCACUGUGGUGUGGUUGGGGGGAGCCAUCUUUCAUUUGGGAGCAUCUGGAGUUUCUUUGUUUGCGAUAUUUGCUGGCGACCCCAUCUUUACCUCUCCUCCCUCCCGCUGACCUUUCUCCACAUCUCUCCUUGAGAGCGAGCAGGUGUUAUUGUGUUAAAGAGCCACAGGUCUCAUUCACCUUGCAACCCCCUCCUCUCCCUCGACCGAACACACGAGCUCCUCUCUUCCAGGCGGCUGAGAGGUUGCUAUGGCAACGGUUGUCAUGAUGCUGAUGUAGCGUCCUGAAAGUAGUAGUUGUGGAGGUAGUGGUGGAGCUGGAGGAGGCGGUGCCGGCAGCGGCAGAGGUGGUGGUGGUGGUGGUGGUGAACGUCCAGGGAUGGGAAGCGCUCCGUAUCCAGCCGGUGAGUGGAAGGGGAAGGGGCGAGGUAGCCUGCAAGAGCUGGGCUGCAUGCGCUGGAAGGUCAGCAAGCAGAAAGGAGGAGGAGGGGAGGUGGUGGUGGUGGGAGCAGAGGAGAGGAGGUGCAGGGAUCCCACGGACUCUCAGCAGCAACAGCAGGAUCUCUCAUCCUCCUCUUCCUCCCUCACCCCCCCACUGCCUCCUCAACCCUCUCUGACACCUCCGGCCAUUUAUCACGAGAAGCAGCGGAGGGAGCUGUGCGCCCUGCACGCCCUCAACAACGUCUUCCAGGACGGGACGGCCUUCAGUAGGGACACCUUGCAGGAGAUAUACCAGAGGCUUUCUCCCAGCACUCUGGUGACACCUCACAAGAAGAGCAUGCUGGGAAAUGGGAACUAUGAUGUAAAUGUCAUUAUGGCAGCCCUGCAGACCCGAGGGUUUGAGGCAGUUUGGUGGGAUAAAAGGAGGGACGUCGGCAGCAUCGAGCUGUGCAACGUGACGGGCUUUAUUCUGAACGUGCCAUCCAACCUGCGCUGGGGGCCUCUCCGGCUGCCGCUCAAACGCCAGCACUGGAUAGGGGUCCGGGAGGUGGGAGGGGUCUACUACAACUUGGACUCCAAGCUGCGAAGCCCUCAACCCAUUGGCAACCCGGAUGAGCUCAGAAAGUUCCUCCGCCAGCAGCUGCGAGGAAAGAACUGUGAACUCCUGCUGGUCGUCUCGGAGGAAGUGGAGGCACAUCAAACAUGGCGCUCUGACGGCUAAGGGUCUUACCGACUAAUCACAGCUCCGCCUGGGCCACCGGGCCGAUCACUGAAUGAACGGGAGAGGAAGUAGAGCCGUGCACAGCCAAUCACAUGGAUGCACACACCCCGCACCCCACCCCCCACCCCCCUUUUUGGGUUUUGUUUACACAGCCAUUGCUGGACUCUUUUCUGAUAAGAUACAAAGCAAUGAAGGAGGCAAACACUUUACAGGGAGAAACCAAGAAUCACAGUCCUUUACUUACAACACAGUUAAGACUUCUAUAAAGUUACUAUUCUGUUUCUGCUAUUCUUGUGUUUUUAUAUAUAUAUUGACUAUUUUUCAAUGUCAGUUUUGAUCCAUUUAUUUUUUGUCCUUUUUACUGUUUUAAGUUUCCAAAGUCAUGGGAGUUCAGGCUUUAUGAGAAAUGCUGUGUUUAUCUGCCGUCUCCCUCAGUGAUCCAGUGUCUUUGUGUUUCUGUCCUUCCCUUCCUGUCGUGGAUCUCUCUCUGUCCGUAUCCUCCGUCCUUCACUUUCACCAAAGCGUGCCCUUCCUUGCCUCAGCAUGCCUCCAUCUCACUCCUCCUCCCAUCACAUGUCAAAAUCAGUGAUUCAUCACGUUGCCAAAUUUGUAUUUUCACCUACUUCCCGAUCACUUCUGGCACAGUCUGAGCCUUUACUGUACAGAGACUGUGCUGACACAACAGUUUUAUAUGCAACAAAACAAUGCAACACCUGGGCCUAGCACUCCCUCUAGUGGAUGUUUGCUUCAGUUUCCUUUCAAGGAAAGAGGAACAGCAUCAUUCAUCCAGCUUGUUUUUUUUUUCAUUGUUCACUUGAAGAGUGCUUGUCAUCGACGAAAUAACGCAAUACUAACAAUUAUCAUCUGCCAGUAGAAUUCCACUGUGUCACGAUGUAAAAUUUAUCAAACUAGAGUUAUCGAAAUCUCCCCCAAAAUCUGAAAUUACAAAAAUUGGCCAUACUUUGGAUUACUAUGCGCAGUUAGCUUGGCAGUUAAUACUUGACUUUGGAAAAAGCAGUCGACAACACUAUCUCAACUCAAGGACUGCUUACAAGCUUAUUCAGGAGCUUUUGACUGCAUCGCACGGUCCUCAUCAGCAGAUUGAAGGUAGCUGUUCACACUGACCAGUGACGCAAAAUUAAUUGGCAACAAAUUUGGUAAAUUAUUAAACAUUUACGUUAUUUUCUAAACAAAAAUGACAUAAAUCGGAGUCAUUUAUGAUAGUAAAACUGGAUAUCUUUGGGUUUUGGACUGUUAGUCAGACCAAAACAAGCAAUUUAAGAAUGUUAACUUAAGAUGUGAGAAAUUUUACUCACCAAAUGACAGACUGAUUGUUGAAAACAACGGUCCGUCACAGCCCUUCUCUCCGGCAAACACUGGCCGCCGAGUAAACUUUAUCUGCCAAUGAGGACUGUGUGAUGCGGUCAAAAGCUCCAGAACAAGUGAGUCAGUGAUAGAUGAGUCUGGAUUGUCAGUAAUAAUCUGAAUUAAUAAUAUUAGUUUUUGUUAAAAAUCGUCAUAUCGAUCUAAAAGAAUCAUUUUCUUAUUCGUCCAUGUCAGACACUCUUGCUUCAUUAGAGCCACAAUCAUUUCUUGCACAGUGGUAAAAGUGACACCACACAGACAGAUGAUAAAAUAAGGGAUGAUACUUACUGUUUUAUUUUUCCUUUGGCUCCACUCUGGUCCAAAGGGUCACCACCACAGCAACCCUCUGUAGCACGGGAGCUCAGCUGAUGCAGAGCUCCUCCUCCUCCUCCUCCUCCUCUUCUUCUCCUGAAUUAUCAUGUGUCAAACCUGUGUGAGCUUUCAGUCUGAGGAGGGGUUUUGCGGGUGGGUGUAUGAAGGGAAGUUGCCAGAUGGAGCGCAGUGUGCCUGAGUAGAGAGUAAUGUAGAUGAAGACAAUGUGGAAAGAAAAGUGAAAGUUGGUGGUUCGGCUAGUUGGACGUGUGUUGUGGUUAGUCAUUGUGAAACGAGCCUUAUGAGAGAGUUUGUAGCUUUCAGAUCUAUCAGCUUAAGAGAAACUGUUAAUACUAUACGUGUAUUGUCUGUUAAUGACAAUAUCGGCCUUAACUUGUUUACAUGAGAAAAUAUUUGUUGCUCUGAAAGAUCGAGAGGGGCUGUGCAGUUUGACGCCAUUUCAGGAGUUUUAUUCCAAAGCACCAAUUUAUCAUAAAUCUAGAGGAGAAGCGGCCGAAGCUCAUCAAUUAUGAUGUUUUCACUUUUGCAGCCAAGGGCUUUAUGUUAUUUACACUUGUUUGAAAUAGUAUGAUUUUAUAAAGACAAGAUCACGUGUUUUUCCAACGGUGCAUGUCUUAUUUUGGAAUGAAACUCUUCGAUUCCAGCCCAGUCCGUAUACCUUUAAUGUCACGUUCAAGUGGACCUGCAUCGAAACGUCAGAGAACUCGUCAUUCACUGAGAGAUUUAUGGACCCAACCACAUCAUGGCUAGUGUCUCACACAAUCAACACUUGCUUUUUUUCGCCAUGACAAUCUUUCAGCUCUACAGAUCGUCAUUGUAUUUUUUUGUUGUUGUUGUUGUUUUCAUUUUUUUGCAUAGAAAUAAAAUGCUUAUAACGGCACUUUAUGUAUAAGCUACA